GCCGGCCCAGCAGGCGCAGCGGCCCAGGCCCCGCCCCGGGGAAGCCUUCCCGGAGAGGCGGCGGGCGGGCGCAGGGCGGACCCUCGGCGGAGCGCAGCAGGGGCGCGGGGCCAUGGCGGGGAUUGCGGCCAGGCUGCUGAGGGACCGCGAGGCGGCCGAAGGACUGGGUUCGCACGAGAGGGCCAUCAAGUACCUGAACGAGGACUACGAGGCGCUGCGCGCAGAGUGCCUGGAGGCCGGGGCGCUCUUCCAGGACCCCUCCUUCCCGGCAGCCCCUUCCUCCCUGGGCUUCAAGGAGUUGGGACCCUACUCUAGCAAGACCCAGGGCAUCGAGUGGAAGCGGCCCACGGAGAUCUGCGACGAUCCCCAGUUUAUUGUUGGAGGGGCCACCCGUACGGACAUCUGCCAAGGAGCCCUGGGUGACUGCUGGCUGCUGGCAGCCAUCGCCUCCCUCACCUUAAAUGAAGAGAUCCUGGCUCGAGUUGUCCCCCUAAACCAGAGCUUUCAGGAGGACUAUGCAGGAAUCUUCCACUUCCAGUUCUGGCAGUAUGGCGAGUGGCUGGAGGUGGUGGUGGAUGACCGGCUGCCCACCAAGAAUGGGGAGCUGCUCUUUGUGCACUCGGCUGAGGGCAGUGAGUUCUGGAGCGCGCUGCUGGAGAAGGCCUAUGCCAAGAUCAACGGGUGUUAUGAAGCACUCUCCGGGGGUGCCACCACCGAGGGCUUUGAGGACUUCACCGGAGGCAUUGCUGAGUGGUAUGAGCUGAGAAAGGCCCCUCCCAACCUGUUCCAGAUCAUCCAGAAGGCCCUGCAGAAAGGCUCUCUCCUGGGCUGCUCCAUUGACAUCACCAGUGCUGCUGACUCGGAGGCUGUCACCUUCCAGAAGCUGGUGAAGGGGCACGCAUACUCGGUCACCGGCGCUGAGGAGGUUGAAAGUAGAGGAAGCCUGCAGAAGCUGGUCCGCAUCCGGAAUCCCUGGGGAGAGGUGGAGUGGACCGGGAGAUGGAAUGACAGCUGCCCAAACUGGAACACCAUCGACCCAGAGGUGAGGGAGAGGCUGACCAGGCGGCACGAGGAUGGGGAGUUCUGGAUGUCUUUUAGUGACUUCCUGCGGCACUAUUCCCGCCUGGAGAUCUGCAACCUGACCCCGGACACCCUUACCAGCGACUCCUACAAGAAGUGGAAGCUGACCAAGAUGGAUGGGAGCUGGAGGCGGGGCUCCACUGCAGGAGGCUGCAGGAACUACCCUAAUACUUUCUGGAUGAACCCUCAGUACCUGGUCAAGCUGGAGGAGGAGGACGAGGACCAGGAGGAUGGUGAGAGUGGCUGCACAUUCCUGGUGGGCCUCAUCCAGAAGCACCGGCGACGGCAGAGGAAGAUGGGCGAAGACAUGCACACCAUCGGCUUCGGCAUCUAUGAGGUUCCAGAGGAGAUGACCAGCCAGACCAGCGUCCACCUCAGCAAGAACUUCUUCCUGACACACAGAGCCAGGGAGCGGUCGGACACCUUCAUCAACCUGCGUGAGGUGCUCAACCGCUUCAAGCUCCCUCCGGGGGAGUACAUUCUGGUUCCCUCCACCUUCGAGCCCAACAAGGAUGGAGAUUUCUGCAUCCGGGUCUUCUCUGAAAAGAAGGCCGACUACCAAAUUGUGGAUGAUGAGAUCGAGGCCGACCUUGAGGAGAUUGACAUCAGUGAGGAUGACAUCGAUGAUGGAUUCCGGAGGCUGUUUGUCCAGUUGGCAGGGGAGGAUGCAGAGAUCUCUGCCUUUGAGCUGCAAACCAUCCUGAGAAGGGUUCUGGCAAAGCGCCAAGAUAUCAAGUCAGAUGGCUUCAGCAUUGAGACCUGCAAAAUCAUCGUUGAUAUGCUGGAUUCAGACGGGAGCGGUAAGCUGGGGCUGAGGGAGUUCCACAUUCUGUGGAUGAAGAUUCAGAAGUAUCAAAAAAUUUACCGGGAAAUCGACGUGGACAGGUCUGGUACCAUGAACUCCUAUGAGAUGCGGAAAGCAUUAGAAGAAGCAGGGUUCAAGCUGCCCUGUCAGCUCCACCAAAUCAUUGUUGCCCGGUUUGCAGAUGACCAGCUCAUCAUCGACUUUGAUAAUUUUGUUCGGUGUUUGGUUCGACUGGAAACACUAUUCAGGAUAUUUAAGCAGCUGGACCCCGAGAACACUGGAAUGAUAGAGCUGGACCUCAUCUCUUGGCUCUGUUUUUCAGUACUUUGAAGUUGUGACUCGUCUUCCUGAAGACUUCACAUGACAAUCAACCAAGAACUAGGCUUUCACAGAGAAACUUUUUAUCCAGACCUUGAAAGUAUGGGAACAUUUGCUUAAAGUGAUAACAACUAUAGCUGAAAAUAAUAUUAUUUGAAAUAGCAGAACUUUAGAUAGCAGAGCAAAAGAUUUGCUUAUUAUUGUACUAAAACGCAGGUGAGCCACUUAAUCCUUGAUAAACUUAAAGCCUUAAAUCUAUAAAUAAUGUAUACACUUUUUACUUUUACACACUUACUGUUUAUAGCAAUAUUAAGUCAGAAAAAGAUAUAGGGAGUUGUUUAACAGCUGAGCAAACAAUAGACCAAACUCCUUGCUGGAAGUAUUUAAAGCAACUUAAAGUUCAAAGUCACAUCUGUGGCAUUUACCAAACAACCAGCCAGGGAUUACCGUGUCCCUUGAGCAGUGGAAAAUACGAUGCAUCACUAGGUAACAUCAAGGCAGGAGGAGGCCAGGUGAGGAAGCACACCUGGCCCAUUUCGGUGAACAGGAGACAACUCCAGCUAAGGCUGGUUCACCUAUCUCUCUGCGUCCUUGGGGCACAUCUGGUCUGAAACAGUUAUAAGUGCUGCUGGACUGUGCUCCCUGGCUGCAGCAGGGCGCCAAGACCAAGCAUCUAGUUUGCAAGCCAAUUGCAGUAACAGACAAGCCCCACUUCUGGCUGCCUGCCUAGGAACCUCCUGGCUCUGCAGCCUCUGGCAUUUGUGCAUGCGGCUGGGGGCCUUACAAGGGAGCACCCGGUUCCCAUUCCCCUCACUCUGGGAGAAUGCCAGCAACAUUAUAGACACAUUGCCUUACUGCCUUAUAUUCUUCCAGAUGUGCUGUUAAAUAAAGUUACCCAGGCAAUCGUA